GGGGAAGCGCGCGAGCCUUUUCUGCUUUGCGGGUUUUCCGGGGCUGGUGCUGUUGCUGCGAAUGUUUGCUGGAUUUGGCGUUGCAAGAGGGGGAAAGAGUUCAGGGAUCCCGGUUCUCCAUGCAAAAGCCCCUUUGCACGCACCAUGCACAGGAGACUUCUCCAGGAAAUUCCAGAUUCGGGCAGCAAUGUCAACACGGAUUUCAUGUGGGGAUGGCAUUCCAGCAAGACUUCAGAGCUGCUGUCCGUCACGGGAGUCUCUGUCCUUAAGGAUAAACUGGGCAAUGAGAACACCCCCCAGGAGCUGCUGAUGUGUGUGAGUCCACCCCCCAAACGGCAGAAAGUGAAGGAGCCAGAAUUCGUGAUUGUCCGCCGACCCAGGCGGCUCCUGGAGUUGGCAGCAGGAGUUUCUUGGGAUGCACUGCCUGAUGAACUCUUGCUUGGAAUCUUCUCAUAUCUCUCAUUGACUGAUCUCUUAAAAGUUUCCCUGGUUUGCCAGCGAUGGCACCGACUUUCGCUUGAUGAGUCACUUUGGCAGACUCUUGAUCUUGCAGGUAGAAACCUAUUGCCAGGUGUGAUUGGUCAUUUGCUGCCACUGGGAAUAACUGCCUUCCGUUGUCCAAGAUCUUGCAUUGGAAACCCUUCAUUUAAAACAAACAGUCCCCUUCGGGUACAACAUAUGGAUUUAUCCUACUGCACAAUAAAAGUUGCAGAUCUCCAAAGUAUCCUUAGCAGGUGUCGGAGCCUACAGAACCUCAGUUUGGAAGGGCUUGUGCUCUCUGAUGACAUAAUUGAAAAUAUAGCACAGAAUUCCAGCUUGAUACGACUAAACCUCUCUGGAUGCUCUGGAUUUUCUUCAGGAACCUUGAAGACGAUGUUGAACAGCUGUCCCAGUCUAGAAGAACUGAAUUUGUCCUGGUGUGACUUCACAGUCGAUCAUGUGAAAGCAGCAGUCAGCCAUAUUCCUUCAAAAGUAACACAGCUAAAUCUUAGUGGAUACAGACAGAAUCUUCUGAUGUCAGAUGUUAAAACUUUACUGGAGCAGUGUCCAAAUUUGGUCCAUUUAGAUUUAAGUGACAGUGUUAUGUUGAAGGCUGAUUGCUUACAGUACUUCCAGCAGCUCACGCAUCUUGAGCACUUGAGUCUCAGUCGAUGCUAUCAGAUAUCACCAUCAGUCUUACUGGAAUUUUGUGAAAUAGCUACGCUCAAAACGCUCCAGGUUUUUGGAAUAGUGACUGCCAGCUUCGUACAACUUUUAAAAGCAACAUUUCGUCAUUUAAAGAUUAACUCCUCUCCUUUUACACCAGUUGCAAGACCCGCUGUCGGCUGCAAGAAAAAUGAACAAAUUUGGGGCAUUCAUUGUAGACUGAGCUUGAAAAGCCCAGCUGGCUUUUAACAUGAUUUGAAAAACAUUUUCUACUAGCAACAGUUGUGAUGCUAAGCUCCGAGGCUGUAUCACUGUGACAUACAAGUAUACCUGUCUUCAGGGAGCCUCCUUUUUGUGGGGUUGAGAUGCAACAUUAAAAUAGUGUAGAGAUUUGUCACUUUUCCUUGUAACAGCAGCUUGUCAAUAUGGAAAGAGAGCAACCUCUUGUGUCCUGGAAAGAGCAUCCUUUUCAGAAUCUCCCAUAUACUUCCUUAUCUCCUAGAAUAAUUGACCUUUAUCUUUAAAUUGGCAAGGGAUACAUCUGCCUAAACUGCUUCUAAGUGGGAGAGUGAAAUAUAUGAAAUGGGAAUGGAUGCUUCUGGCUAGGCCCAAGUCUCUUCCUCUACAUAGGAAAAUAAUCUUGGGAUAGAUAGCCAUUUAGAAAGUCUCAGUGUUUCAUUAUUGGAUAGCUCUAGAAGGUAUUCAUUGGUAUGUUCCAUGACUAUUUUCACUCCACAGGUACCUGACCUGAUAGGCUUUAUUUUUCCCACCCUCUGAACUUUGAACUAUCUGAUUUAAAUCAUUCGCUUACAGAUAUAUAUCUAUAUCUAUCUACCCAGCCCACAACCUCUGUACUAUAAGUUAUGAGGAUAAGCAUUUAUGGCAGAUAAGUUUCUCGAACUUUUAGAGCUUUGUAUGUUGUGUCUGAAGGACUUUUAUACUAAAUUAGUAACACUGAAAUGAAUCAGAUUGAAACUAAAGAGUAGUUCAAGAUUUCUCAAAUCAAUUCAUUAGCUUAAGAUGAGGAAUAACAUUCCUUAUCUCUCCAUGCAAUCACCCUGAAGAAUGGGAGUCUUGUUAUUGAAGACAGUUUUGACAAUGAUGGUCAAUUUAAAUAUCCACUUUAAACUUUGAUUUGAUGCAAGAUGGAACAAAGGGUAGUCUGCCUCCAAUAUUUGCUACAUUGCUGUUAGAGUCAAAGCAGGGUUCAACAAUGUCAUUUUGAUUUUGCUCUUACCUAAGGAAGGAAAUCUCUACAGCUCUCCCAUUCUCCUUUACUUCAGGCUACUACAAAGUUCCUUAUAAAAGACUGCCAAAUCAGACUAGGUGGUUGAGUGGGAAGGAAUAUAAUGGAAGUGAACAAUAUUAGCAGAUUCAAAAAAGAACAGAGGGGUUAUUUAAGUUUUUAUGUCAUAGGUAUUUUUUCAAUAAAAUGACUGAUUAUAUACAUA